AUCUCCUCCAGCCCGUUUCUGGAAAUUUGAUUCCCUGGCCCGGGAGGCUGCAACCACUUUUCUCCAUCGUCGGCUCUGGAAGCCCUCGCUCCCGAAGGAAGGAAGACCUCGCAGCCCCUCCGCCUUCCGGCAUCCUGUCGGGCGGGCGGAGAAGUGCCGAUGACUGCGGAGCCCGGGAGGAGGGGGCCCCAGCCCGGGAGCUGAGUGCCAGCCACCCCCCCACCAGCCACCAUGCAGGUGUCCUUCGCGUGCUCCGAGCACAGCCUCAAGGCCCGGGGCCCCGACGAGCGGCCAGGCCGGCCGGCAGCCAGCAGCCCCAGCUUGGGCACCCGCGGCCGCUUCCGCGCUGUGGCCAUGGUGGCCCGGAGCCUGGGACAGCUGUCGGUGCAGAGCCACCGGAGCGCCGGUGACGCCGGCGUGAAGCAGCAGGGGAUGAAACAUAGGAACCUGGGGAAGUCGGGCCUGCGGGUCUCCUGCCUGGGGCUCGGAACAUGGGUGACCUUUGGAGGCCAGAUCACUGACGAGAUGGCGGAGCAGCUAAUGACCUUGGCCUACGACAACGGCAUCAACCUCUUCGACACAGCGGAAGUCUACGCGGCCGGCAAGGCGGAAGUGGUUUUGGGGAACAUCAUCAAGAAGAAGGGAUGGAGACGCUCCAGCCUCGUCAUCACCACCAAGAUCUUCUGGGGCGGAAAAGCAGAGACCGAGAGGGGCCUUUCCCGGAAGCACAUCAUAGAAGGUCUGAAGGCCUCCCUGGAGCGGCUGCAGCUCGAGUACGUGGACGUGGUGUUUGCCAACCGCCCGGACCCCAACACGCCCAUGGAAGAGACCGUGCGUGCCAUGACCCACGUCAUCAACCAGGGGAUGGCCAUGUACUGGGGCACGUCGCGCUGGAGCUCCAUGGAGAUCAUGGAGGCCUACUCUGUGGCCCGGCAGUUCAACCUGAUCCCGCCCAUCUGCGAGCAGGCCGAGUAUCACAUGUUCCAGCGCGAGAAGGUGGAGGUGCAGCUGCCCGAGCUCUUCCACAAGAUCGGAGUGGGCGCCAUGACGUGGUCCCCUCUGGCCUGCGGCAUCGUCUCCGGGAAGUACGACAGCGGCAUCCCGCCCUACUCCAGGGCGUCCUUGAAGGGCUACCAGUGGCUGAAGGACAAGAUCCUGAGUGAGGAGGGCCGGCGCCAGCAGGCCAAGCUGAAGGAGCUGCAGGCCAUCGCCGAGCGCCUGGGCUGCACCCUCCCGCAGCUGGCCAUAGCCUGGUGCCUGAGGAACGAGGGGGUCAGCUCCGUGCUGCUGGGCGCUUCCAGCGCCGACCAGCUCCUGGAGAACAUCGGCGCGAUCCAGGUCCUUCCCAAACUGUCGUCUUCCAUUACCCACGAGAUCGAUAGCAUUCUGGGCAAUAAACCCUACAGCAAAAAGGACUACAGGUCCUAAGACGCCCCCUCGGCCGGCCCGGACACGUUCCGCUCCCCCCGCCCGUGUCUCUGUUCUCCGCUCGCUUACGCUGUCUGAAGCCAAGUCAGGAACGUGGUUUGCAUCGAGACGACCACGACCACGCGCCCGGGCGUCAUCGGGAAGGCAUCCCGGAGGUGGCUGCCACACUCCAUCCCCUGCUUUUCGGGACCCACGGCGGGCCGGGGCGACGGCACUGAGGACCCGAAGGGCAGCCUCGAGGUCCCACCCAAGCCUGCGGCCGCCGCUCGCCCUCCCAGAAGAAACCAGCCCGUUUCCUCCCAGCCGGGGCCCUUCUCGGAGACCCCUCAGGGCCUGGCCAGGCGGACCAGUGGGGCCUGGGGGCAGGCAGGGCCGGCCUCUCCUCCACCAAGAACCCCCCCCCUCCACCCCGGUGCUGGGGGAAGGGAAGAGGAAACCCCGCCCGGUCUCCCUGUGGCCUCCUCGCGGGGGGGUCUGCCGCGGACCAAGGGCUCCAGGCACUUCCCAGCGGGCCCACCCUCGGCCGCUUCCCCACCCCUUCUGCACCGCCACCCGCCCCGGGGGGCUCAUUGCAGGGCGCCCUCCAUGCUGUCCCUUAACCCCUGCCUCCUCCCUGGCUGGCAGGGGCGGGGAUCCAGGGGGACUGGCUCUGCAGUUUGGGACCCACAAAACGCUUGGGGGUCUGGUUUCAAGUUCAUUGCCCCACGUCUUACACCCUGCACAGUGGAUGAGCCCCUGGCCAGGGCGGCCGGCGCGCUGGGCAGGGGGCCAGUGGAGUGGGCUCCGGCCUGGGUCCCCCCAGGGCCCCGCCUGCCCUCCCCACCAGGCACCCAGCCACCGCCCCUGUCCUUGCCCCAGAGGCCCCGAGGUUGCGCGUGCUGAGCUGGACAGCGGCUGCCCACCACUCGCAGGAGAGGGGGCCUCUGCCCUCCCUGCCCAGGGUGGCCUGGGGGCGUGCCGAGGGAACAGGCUCGGACCCUUUUGGGGUGGCUGCGGGUCUGCACGCCCAGCAGCAACCCCAGAAUGGAGGCCAAGAUCCCGGGACCCCUCCCAGAGAAGCCCCUGGGAGGCCUCGGACCAUGUGGGGUUGGCGCGUCCCCCCUUGGGGUGCUAAGUGUCUCUGUGCUCAGAGCUUGUGACCUGGGCAGAUGGGCAACAGUGCCAGACACCCCUGGGGCAGAGAGGAAAGGCAGGACAGACUGCCGGCCCCCACACCCCGCACCCCCCCACCUCUCACUCAGCCCAGGGGCGGGCACAGCAAGUCCUGCUUUCCCGACAGCCAAGGCCGCCCCAGGGGCCGCCCUUCUCCAGGGGCCGCCAGCAGCGCUGGGCGGGCUGGGCCAGAGAUGCUUGGAGAGAACCUCAAAGGCGAAGAGGGGGCAGGGCGGACAGCUUUUCCCACCCCUGACCUUUGCGCUGACCCUGGAGUCUAACACCUUCCCCCUCCCUGUAAGCCGGGGCCUUCGGGGUUCCUCUCCAGCCAGUCUCCUACAAGCUCCCCCUGGGACAACGCCGUGCUGGGCCCCUCCACACUGCCGCCCCCAGGCCCCCUAACUGUUGGGACAGGGCCCAGGCUGGCAGCGGGCCAGCGGUGGGGACGGCUGCCCCUCGAGCCACCCCUGGGAAGGCCAAGCCCCUGUUGGCGGCUGAAUGGCCAAACGCAGGGAGACGAGGGCCCCCAGGACGGAGCUCAGCAGGGCCCAGCAGCCCCGGCCCUGGGUCCCAGGUGUCCUGUUCCUCCACACCCACUGCCUCCGGGGGACGGCCCCUGUGCUUAGGGGGCCCUGUGCUUAGGGGAGUGCCGGAGUCGGGGAAGGAAGCUGGACGGAAGCCCAAAGGCAGGCAGAACCUGGAGAGGAGGGUGCGGCCUGGGCCCGCCUGGGGCGGGGCUGUCUUCCUCGGUAACCACAGAGCGCCAUCUCCCGUCCCACACCUGCGGCAGGAGCCGAGGCCCCGAGGGCGCCUCUGUCCUCCUCCAGCCCCGUCCAUGACGCUCUUCCUCCCACCCGCCUCUUUCGAUGCCUGUGGUCCCCUCAGCUACGUGCCGCCCCCCCCCCCCCCGCAGGCGAGAGGGCCCGCGCCUUGUGCUUCCAGACGACACCCCGCCGAGACCCCGGCACUGUAUUUAUGGAAUGACCGAAUAAAACCCAAGCCCGUCGUCGGG